GCCCUCCUGGGGUCCCGGGUGCCGCGGUCCGCUUUACUCAGGCACCACCGCCGCAGCGUCCGCGGUGGGCGCGCGCGGUCACCCAAGGCGGCCAAAGGCAGCGCUAGCCGCCAGCCGCAGCACCGUCGCCUCCUCCGCGCCAGCGAGCUGCGGGCACUUGAGGGCGGGCUGGGGGGCGCCGGCCGCGGCAGGAGGCGCUGUAGCCUGGGCUACCGCGCGGGUCUAGCGGCGGCUGCCGAAGGGAGCGGGGCAGGCGCCGUGGGCCCUGCCCCUCCCCCGGCUCCUGCGCGGUCGCCUCCCGCCGGGAUCGGCCGGCUCCCGCGGUCCACACAGCGUCUCUCCGCGCCCGCUACCCCGAGCGCCCGCGCGCGUGUCUGGCGGGGGCCUCGGCGGGCGAGCGGGCGCGCGGGGCCAUGGUUGUGGCCCCCUGACGGGCCGCGGUCGCCUCCAUGAAGCGGAAGAGCGAGUGGCGGGCGAGCUGGGCCGCCGCGCCCCCCUGCUCGCGGCGCGGCUCUUCCUCCUCGCUGGGAGCGAAGAAGAGCCGUAGCUCCACGUCGGAGGAACUGCAUCGCCUGGACCAGCAGGACGACCUGUACCUGGACAUCACCGAUCGCCUUUGUUUUGCCAUUCUCUACAGCAGACCAAAGAGUUCAUCAAGUGUACAUUAUUUCAGCAUAGAUAAUGAACUUGAAUAUGAAAACUUCUACGCAGAUUUUGGACCACUCAAUCUGGCAAUGGUUUACAGAUAUUGUUGCAAGAUAAAUAAGAAAUUAAAGUCCCUUACAAUGAUAAGGAAGAAAAUUGUUCAUUUCACUGGCUCUGAUCAGAGAAAACAAGCAAACGCAGCUUUCCUUGUUGGAUGCUACAUGGUUAUAUAUCUGGGGAGAACUCCAGAAGAAGCAUAUAGAAUAUUAAUGUUUGGAGAUACAUCCUAUAUUCCUUUCAGAGAUGCUGCCUAUGGGAGCUGCAAUUUCUUCAUUACACUUCUCGACUGUUUCCAUGCCGUGAAGAAGGCAAUGCAGUAUGGCUUCUUUAACUUCAACUCUUUCAACCUUGAUGAAUAUGAAUACUAUGAAAAAGCAGAAAAUGGAGAUUUAAAUUGGAUAAUACCAGGCCGAUUUAUUGCCUUCUGUGGACCUCAUUCAAGAACCAGACUUGAAAGUGGUUAUCACCAACAUUCUCCAGAGUCUUACAUUCCCUAUUUCAAGAAUCACAGCGUUACUACCAUUAUUCGUCUGAAUAAAAGGAUGUAUAAUGCCAAACACUUUACAAAUGCUGGUUUCGAUCACUAUGAUCUAUUCUUUGCGGAUGGCAGCACCCCUACUGAUGCGAUUGUCAAAGAAUUUCUGGAUAUUUGUGAAAGUGCCGAGGGUGCCAUUGCAGUACAUUGUAAAGCUGGCCUUGGGCGAACGGGUACUCUGAUAGCCUGCUAUAUCAUGAAGCAUUACAGGAUGACUGCGGCCGAGACCAUCGCUUGGAUCAGGAUCUGUAGGCCUGGCUCAGUGAUCGGGCCUCAGCAACAAUUUUUGGUGAUGAAACAGCCAAGCCUCUGGUUGGAAGGUGACUAUUUUCGUCAAAAGUUAAGGGGUCAGGAGAAUGGAAAACAUAAAGCAGCUGUCUCAAAACUCCUCUUGGCUGUUGAUGAUAUUUCAAUCAAUGGUGUCGAGAAUCAAGACAAGCAAGAGCCUGAACUGUACAGUGAUGACGAUGAAGUGAAUGGAGUGACACAAGGUGAUAGACUUCGGGCCCUGAAAAGCAGAAGACAAUCAAAAGCAAACGCUGUUCCCCUCACAGUAAUUCUUCAGUCCAGUGUUCAGAGCUGUAAAACGUCUGAACCUGACAUUUCUGGCAGUGCAGGCAUUACUAAAAGAACCACCAGAUCUGCUUCAAGAAAAAGCAGUUUUAAAAGCCUGGUUCCUCAGAGGGAAAGAAGGAAAAGGAGUGCUUUGCAGCAAAUGCCCUUAAUGGCAUUAUGUCCCUCCAUUUCAAGGACUAAAACAGUCUUGCGUUAAGUAAAAACCUGUGACCAGAACUGAAGGAAGACUCUAGGAACAGAAAACUACAACAGGACUUAGCACAAUUUGUUUUGGAAACAAAAAAAAAAUUGAAAAAGCCUUAGCUGCUUUCCACCUAAGAAGUUUAUUCAAUGAAGAAAAUGUCCACUGGAGUUUAAAUAACUACACGAGUUUGGGUACAAGGGAUGACCUCAAGAUAGCCCAACUCUCCUUUUGUAGAAACGUCUCAAGUUGAACAACAAAAAAAGCUGUUGUAAAUUUCGUCUCAGGUGUAAAUAUCAAAGCCCUCUGUUACCAAGAGGGCUGACUACUCUGUGGGUGCAUGUGUGUCCCUGUGAUGGCAAUCAUUUUCGCUGCUGGCCUUCAGAGGAAUUAAGCAUCUGAUGGAGGUUUUUUACCUAUUUAUUCUCUGUUCACCCUGUGUCAAAAUUUAUAAAUAUAAAACAGGCAUUACUUAAAUGGUACUUCCUGUAAUUUGAUACUAUUUGGUGUAAUCAUCUUCAUUUUAAUAUUUGUGAUAUUGUUGUAAUGUUAACUGUGUUAAGUACCCAAGCUGCUUGUCUUCCACCAAAGAGUGCUUUAUUGACAAGACUCUGUAAAAACCACAUACAGAGACUGUUGUAUGCUGUGACACAAAGUAGCCGUAGGUGCACUGGUGUCCUAAAACUUGCAAGAGAAGAUCAGUAGUAGCUUUAAAAGACUUGGGAGGAGGAACUGGCCUCAGAGUUGGAAGGUUAUUGAAGUCAUUCCUUUUUCUGUCAUUUAGGAGCUAAAUUAUUUGGUUGCCUAGUUGUACAGAUUAAAAUUGUACUUACUUCUUUGCAUGGAAAACCCCCACACUUUUGGUGUUUCUCCUUGGAAACAGUAAUCUGAAACAAUGGUGGCUUAAAAAAAAAAACUUGCUGCUUUACUGGGGUCUUUCUCUGUACCAUUGUGGACUUUUUGGUAAUGUGAUCAGCCCAAGGCCAUUCAUACACCCUUUGAUUUCAGUGACACCGACUCAUGUCUGGAUUUCAGUGGUUUGUACAUAAGACACUCACUGUUGCCUUUGGUUAGGGACUCAGCUCUGUAGAGUGCCUUCUCCCCCUGCAGAAACACAGUAGAGUCUGUGAUGUAGUGAUCACAAACAAAGAGUGUUUGCUGCUAAAAAAAAAUGGGGUCCAUUAUAAAAGGGUACUUUUAAGUGAAUGAAUGGUUGUAGCUAUUGUUAACCACUAUUGCCCCAUCCUAGUUUGGAGAAUUGGAGGAUACGUUAUUGAAAGGCAAAAUGCCUUCACAUUACGAGAUGAAUGAAUCAAGUCAGUAGGUAAUUUCAUGUUUUUAAAGCUGUCUUUGAAACGAAACUAUGAGGAAUAGGAAGUGGUUUGCAUAAACAGAGUAAAGUGUGUCAGUGCAAAAGUAAUUGGAAGGCCCUGGCUCCACUUCCGUGCUUACACUCUGGAUAAUCGCGAGGUUGCCUCACUCUGAGGGACAGUGGAAGCCGCCGUUGUUUUGACCACACAAGCAGCACUUCCUUCCCCAUUAGACCACGUGGGGUCGGGUCAUGCUGGCUUUUACACCUUGGGGCCUAGAUCUCAGAAAAACAGUGGUUUUUCUAUCCAUGGAAAUUCAUAAACACAAAGACCAACUUGCCUGAUGGGAAGACUGCUUUCCAACGAGCUUUGGGUGGGAGGAGAAACAUUCUGUUUGCUAGAUUGUUCUGGGAGAGAAUGCUAGAUAUUCAGACUGCCCAGGCAUAAACAUUGAAUUCUCAGGGCAAAUUUUCUUCCCUUUACACUUUUAAAGGCCAUCUCCUGCAUAAAUAUAAUUCAGGUGGUUGUGAGAUUCAAAUUUCCAUCUGAACUGUGUUUGGUUUGGCUUUUUAUUAUGUCAGAACAAGUACAUGUGCUGUCCCCUCCCAACGAAUAAGCCAUUUGGUGGCUUGGCCAAGAGUAAAAAUUUGGACUUCAGUGUUAACCACAGUACUUAUUAUUCUACUAAUUGCCUUUUUGUGUUGGCUGCUCACGUUUCCAGCUAGAAGUGCUAUCACUGUGGCUCUCUCUAAAAAUCCUUGUGUUUACCAGGCUCAUUGCUGAAAUUAGUCAUAGGAAACUAGUCAUAAAGAGUCAUUUCCUGGAACACAGAAGGACACAGCAACAGUGUUAAACUUUGGAGGAUAUACCUAGAAUCUAGGAAGUCUGUGGAUCAGACUGAUGGAAAGCUCUUGCUAUGAAUAAGAGUGGACUCUUUCCCUACCACCCCCCAGCUGAAAAAUCAACACACCCAGAAUCUCCUAAGAUUCUAAUUUUAAGUUCUUGUUACAGGAAACCUUUUAGCAAUGGAAUGUGAAACAGCAUGUCAGGUGGAGAGAUUCCUUUUCCUUAAGAGACUUAGAUAGCUUUAAAAGUACACCCUGAUCAUUUCCAUUGCAGUGAAAAUUGGAAAUAUUUUUAGGUGCGCUUGAAGUUUUCUGAGCACUAAAAUCAUCAAAAGUGAGGGACAGCCCAAAGGAAGGGUGUCUGCAAAAAGGGGUACCAGGAAGUAUAGACAGGACUUCUAUUUUGUGUUUCUUAAAAACGAGGAAACUCAGUGACCUGUCAUGAAGAGGACCAGCCUGAGCAGUGCCUCACUGAGACAAGUAGCCUGAUUGUCAGGUAGCUGCUUCCUAGCGACAUGCUGCUCUUCCACUUUCCAGGAGAGUUCUGUCCCAAACUCGAUCCCCUUCCGAUCACCCGCCUUCCUCCUCCCUUGACCUCUUCCCCCUCUCAGGGGUGAUUUCUACCUCUUCUCGUGGGCCCAGACAAGUUUUAGAGGUGUUCCCCAGUGUUCUCACUCGACAAAGGUGUUUCCUUUGGGAGCCUGAUCCCUGGCGGGCAGGCUGUGCGGACCCCUCAGGCGUCUGGGUCGUGUUGUGCCAAGAGCUCUGGGAGCCUUUCCUUUGCUUGAAUCCGUGUUCAUGACACAUGAGCAGUGCGUUCCUUUGAUGUUUAUUCUAAAGUAGCUCUACUGCGUCUCUUUGUGCAUUUUUAAUUACUGCAUUUUGGAAAGCAGUGCUCAUCAAAAACAACUUUAAAAACCUAUUUUAAAUUCUUUCAGUUAUCUCUCACUAAAACUGCCUUGUGAGGUCAGCUGCUGCUCUUCUCUUUCUCCUAAAUCUUUGAGUAUUCUCCAUGCCACUAGGUGGGAGUGCUACAGGUGUGCUGAAAAGACUGGAUAGCUCACCAGUACUGGGUAGGAAGUUAUCUCCUCAGUUGCUUAGUAGAAUUAAAUGUCAGCAGGUGUGUCAUCUAAUUGCAGUACUGCAGUUUUAUAUUAAUAAUUUACAUACUUUAUCUAACCUGCCCUCAUGUACAGAUUUAUUAAAAGUUUUAAAAUGUAACUGAUUAAUCAGUAUCUGGUCAACUAUUGUCUUGAUUUUUUAAAUUAAAAUGUAUAUUUCUAAUCAUAUUUUAUAAAGCUGAGAGAACUGGUUGAAUGAAUGUUUAUUUUCCUGAAGGUAUUUUUAAGAUAAAGCUUCUUAAUGGUGUGUAAACUUUGCAUAUCUAUGUAGUUUGAUACAUGUUGUAUUUGAAAAAUCAUGUGUAUUGGAACUGGUUUUAUACAAAAUACUGAAUAGUGGAAAUUGUGUAAUUAUAAUCAUGUAAUUAAAAGUGUUAACCAGACAA